UUUUUUUUUUUUCUUUUUCUUUUUUUCUUUAAAAAUCAUACAUAGAAUGAGCUUGUUAGCAGCGGUUGGGCAAUUUUGCGCCACUUGCAUUGUUUCUUUUAACAAGACGACCUGUCAAGAUCUCGUGAGACAAGCCUCCCAACGAGGAGCUAAAAUGAUAUUUCUGCCAGAAGCUUCUGAUUUUGUUUCAAAAGACAAGGAGCAAACAUUGGAUUUGACCCGGCCUUUGAAUGAUUCCGAGUUUCUUAAGGGACUUGUGGAGACUGCACAAGAGCACAAGAUAUGGGUCUCUGUGGGGGUUCAUGAGUCUUCUAACGUGUCAGACAAGGUGUACAACACGCAUGUGGUACUUAACCACCAGGGUCGUAUUGUAUCUACCUAUCGCAAACUUCACUUAUUCAACGUGGAUAUAGAAGGUGGACCUCGUCUAAUGGAAAGUGAUGGGACGUUGCAGGGGGACCAACUGCCCGAUCUCAUUCAAACUCCCUUGGGAAAACUGGGUUUAGAAACCUGUUAUGAUAUGCGCUUUCCUGAACUGUCCUUGGCACUACGAACAAAAGGUGCCCAGUUAUUGGCUUUUCCAAGCGCCUUUACCAUCAAAACAGGAAUGGCUCACUGGGAGGUGCUGUUACGGGCAAGAGCCAUUGAGACACAGAGUUAUGUGUUUGCUGCUGCUCAGAUCGGUCAACAUAAUGAAAAAAGAGCCAGCUAUGGCAACUCCAUGAUUGUCGAUCCUUGGGGGACUGUAUUGGCAAGAUGUCCUGAUACAACAGAGCCCUCUGUUGUAAUGGCCAAUGUAGAUUUAGACUAUUUGACCAAGAUUCGAACAGAAAUGCCUGUCAUGCAGCAUCGCCGAAAUGACAUUUAUCCUGGCUUUGUUUGUUGAUGUGUAACCCUUCUUCUUACAUUAAAAAAAAACUUUCUUUCCUGUCCCUCCUU